AUGCGGGAAAAAAUCGCUCGUCUGAAACAAGGCCAGACGAACAUUGUGGCGCAGCUUGCCGAGAUCGCUGGGUUGCUGAAGAACUUCCGGCCGGGGUCGGGGCAGGAUGGGAGUCGUGGGCCCGGGGGGUCGGGAGGCCUCGGUCUGGUGCCGGUGCCGUCGCCGUGGGGCGGGGGCGCGGGCGGGGGGGCGAGUGCGCCCGCGAGGUCCAACGCCAAAGAGGAGGCGAGGAGGGAGGCCACCAUUUGGCAGGCCAAAUAUAAUCAGACACUCUGGGUACUUCGGGGGCAGCGGGGGCCGGAGCCCGGGCCACAGAAGGAGGACCUGCAGGGUUUGAUGGGCGAUAUCGUUCACGUCACGGGCGACGUCCUCGCUCAGAUGCGUGCGUUUUCGUCUUUCGGCGUCAAGAGCUUCCGGCCCGUAGGGGUUGCCCGCACGUCGUCUAUUGCAGACAACUUCGACGUUCUGUGUGAGGCGGUGAUGCAGCUGUUGAAGUUUGGUCUAGAUUCGUCCACGACCGCGGGUGUGCAAUCGUUGCGGCGGUUGGAACCCAUAGCCACAGCCAUGGCGGACGCGCGCUGCAGGUUUCGGACUACUCUCGUGCGGAAUAGUGAUGUGUUUCCGGACGAGUACCACCAGCCGGCGGCACUGCCAAGGUUGCCGAACGAGGACUUCAAAUUGUGGACAACGGCGAUCAUCUCCUGGAUGUACGUCUUCAAGAUGCAUUAUCCGCCUGAUGCGUUCGACGGCCAAACCUUGCCGCCGGUGCCCGAGUUCCCCAUCAUNUUUCGGACUACUCUCGUGCGGAAUAGUGAUGUGUUUCCGGACGAGUACCACCAGCCGGCGGCACUGCCAAGGUUGCCGAACGAGGACUUCAAAUUGUGGACAACGGCGAUCAUCUCCUGGAUGUACGUCUUCAAGAUGCAUUAUCCGCCUGAUGCGUUCGACGGCCAAACCUUGCCGCCGGUGCCCGAGUUCCCCAUCAUCAACUUCUGUGAACGGGGGGUGAAUCUAUUCCGGCUGGUCCUGAGUGACGGAGGAUCCCUCCCCGGAACAGGAGAGUCGCGGGGCGGGAGCGGCAAGCGCAAGGCGGGCCAACUGGAUCGGGGUGAUUCAUCGUCAUGGAAGCGCGUCUCAAGGGAGUGCUUCCAGUUCCGCAACUCUGGCACGUGCUCUUUCGGCGACAAAUGCAGGUUUGAGCACGUCAAGCGCCGAGAUUCGUCAAAUACAGGAAGUGGCUGUGGUGGGGGCGGGAGUCGCGGUGGCGGGGGGCGCUCGUCGGCUGGUGGUCAUCCCCUUCGGAUUGGGGGCGCUACGUACUUGGCAGCGGGGGGAGCGUCGCCAGAAGUUCUGAGACGAGAGGGGAGAUGGACUGCGGAAUCGGGGUAUCGGCCGUACGUCAGGAACCAUGGAAAAGAUGCAGAGUGGGUUUCUAGUACCUAG